AAGGGCAAACAAAAAAACGCAUAAAAAUCUUGCAUUUGGCUCAAAAGCCGCCCUAGUCCGUACACCAAAGAAAUCGCAGUGUGUCUCGGCGAUUUCAGCGCACGGCAUGGCGCACGGUGGCUACGGCAAGCGCAGGGUCAAUCCCGCGGGUCGACGAUCGAAGGGUCUGGGCGUGGAGAAGAAGCCCAAGCCCAAGCCCAAGUCCGUUUCGCUCAAGAACCAGAUUCGAUCCAUCGAGCGCAUGCUCAGGAAGGAUUUACCUUCUGAGAUCCAGGAAAAGAAGUUGAAAGAACUAGAGCAACUCAAGAAACAGCAGGAGAUCCAUUCUCGUCUUGCUGUUGAACGCAAAAUAUUCUUGCGAGACAGGAAGAUAAAAUUUUUUGAGAGAAGAAAGGUAGAAAGAAGAAUAAGACGUCUAGAGAAAUUGCAACGUGCUUCAUCUGGUCAGGCACAAGAUGCAGAGAUUGCCGAACAGCUUUCUAAAUUAAAAGAAGAUCUUGAAUAUGUUAGGUUCUUUCCCAAGACUGAGAAAUAUGUAUCUUUAUUUACUGGAGGUGAUGAUUCAGACAUAGUUGAUAGGAGAAAUAAAUUGCGCAAGCAGAUCAAAGCCAACUUAGUUGCUGCUGCUGCUAGUGGGAAGGAUUUGGAAGAGACAGGGAGUGAGGAUGAUGGGCUUAUGGAUCUAAGUGAAGAUGAUUUCUUCCUUGGUAGUUCAAGUGAUGAAGCCGAUGCAGAUGAUGAGUGGACAGAUAAGAGUACAAGGGAGCAGGCUUCUAGUGCUUCUGGUAAAGCUGCAUCUGGCAUGUCCAGUGAUGAAAGAAAUCAGAGGCAGAUUUCUGCUAGAGCUUUAAUGCCUCCACCCCGCCCAGCCACCAUUACAGCCUCAAGUUCAAGUCGUUCUCAAUCAAGAUUUGGGCCUUCAUCAAGCAAAAAUAAAUCAACACUGAGGGCUGAAAUGUCAACAUCCAGCAAUACAUCAAAUGGCAGAAGUGGUUCUGCCUUCAAAUCAAGGGGUUCCUCAAAGUCAAAGUCAGGUCACAGUAGCAAUCUAAGUUCCAACUCGGACGCUCAUAAACCCCGAAGAAAAAGAAGGCCAAAGAAGAAAAAGCAGCAGGCAUGAAUUGGAUGAACUUGUUGGUAACCAAUUGAACCAGUUUGUGAGAUGUCAAAGCAACUCUUACAUCCCGGAGUUUUAACUGUUUCUUUUCUUCUUUCAUAGAUAGGUUAUACUAUUCUCUGUAAUAACUAGUUUGACUCUUAGUUGAAGCUUAAGGUUAAUUGAGAAUUAAAUUUCAGUAAUGGUAGACGAAGUCACAAAGCGCUACAAAGCGAAAACUGGGAAGGGUCAAUGUUGUGUUAGUAUGAAAUUUUUGUUGCUCAUUAUUCUAAAAUAUUAUCAGUCAGCUUUGUCUUUUUUU